AUGGCGGGGCAGGCGGCGGCCUGGCCUGGGGCCGCCGCGGCUCCUGCCCGGAGCGUGCUGGGCACCUACGCGCCCCGCUGGGUCUCCCUGCCGGUGCUCAGCCGGCUCAGCUGCUCCAACGCCACGGAACGGGUGUCCCGGUGCUCGCCGGGCGCCCGCCUCUCUGGAGAAUCGGACAGUGAGAACCCGGCCCUGCAGACCAUCCUAUGUGCGUGGCUGAACUUUGUGGGUAGCGUGAUCCGCUCCCAGCCCUGCAUGAUCACCAGCAGCCAGGACCCAUUUGCUUUCCUCAUGGGUGGGCAGAGCCUCUGUGCCCUCGCCCAGACCCUGGUCAUCUCUCCAGCCAAGCUGGCCGCCUUGUGGUUUCCCGAGCGCCAGAGGGCCCCAGCCAACACGAUCGGCACCGUGUCAAACCCCCUGGGCAUCCUGGUGGCCAACCUGCUGUCUCCCACCCUGGUGAAGAAGGAGGAGGACAUCCCCUUGAUGGUGAGGGAGCUCAGGAGUGCACGCACCUGGGCACCUGCAUCACCCCUGCUGCCCGCUGCGUGCGUCUGGGAGAGCACGCCCCCCGCCCCGCCCUCCGCGGGGGCUGUCCACUCCACCUCGCGGAAGUUCCUAGCCGGCUGGAGCUGGAACAAGGCCUACGUCAUCCUGGCCGUGUGCUCUGGGGGCAUUGGCAUCUUCUCCAGCUUCUCGUCCCUCCUGGAGCAGAUCCUCUGCGUGAACGGCUACUCCAGCGAAUUUGCAGGCCUCUGCGGGGCUCUCUUCAUUGCGUUUGGGGUCUUGGGGGCGCUGGCUCUUGGCCUGUACGUGGACCGGACCAAGCAUUUCACUGGAGCUGUCAAGAUCGGCCUCUGCCUGACACCUCUGGUCUGCGUGGCCUUUGCCCUGGUGCCCCGGCUCGGGGGACAGACCAUCUGCUCGCUGCUUGGGCUCUGCUUCUCAGCGGCGCCUGUCGCCAUGGAGCUGGCUGUCGAGUGGUCCUUCCCUGUGGGCGAGGCUGCGGGCGCGGGCCUGGUUCUCGUGCUGGGGCAGGCCGAGGGUGUGCUCACCGUGGCGCUGCUGACCUCCCUGACCGCGCGCCGCGUGGAGCCGUCCUUCUCCACCUGCCGGGACGGCCAGGACCCGCUAGACUGGAAGGUGUCCACGCUGCUGAUGGCCGGCCUGUGCGUCCUCUUCAGCUGCCUUGUGGUACUCUUCCUCCACACCCCACACCGGCGCCUGCAGGCCGAGGCCGACACCAGCCCCUCCAUCCAGGAGGACGUGCGCCCGGCAACCUCGGCAGCCACCCCCCGAGGCCCCGCCGCAGCCCCCCGUCCCCAGCAGCCCCUCCUGGGGCCGGUGCUCCUGGCUCUGCCUCCCUCCCCCUGGGAGUCCUCCGAGACGUCAUGGGGCCCCUGCAGAGGACCAGAGGCUGGGGAGCAGUUGGUGUGA